ACCAGAUAUUACAACUCUGUAAUACUUAUUAUAUAAUCUAUAUGUAGCUUCAUAAUAAAAACGAACCGAUCAUUGGAUAUACGAUCGGUCGCUCAAUGAUAUGGUGUCUUACGUUUGACCAGUUGUUAGCAUUUUGCCAGAGCUGCGGAGCAACAGUCUAUGGCCCCGUGAAGCGGAGCGGAGCUUUCCGAAGACAUUUCUCACUCCUAGUUUGCAUGGUGAAGCAGUUGUUAUCAAGUAAUGCGCAUUGGUUUGGCGGAGCCACUACAAUUUGUACGGGAGAAAAGAUAGUGCACUUUACUACUGUUUUCUUAAAGACUGACCACUUAUUUCCGAGGCUGUAGCAUGGACGAAGUACGGCCUACCACUGGUGCCCAAGCCCACGGGCUUGCGUCAAUCUUUCCCCCUGGAUUACAAGCCAUUUACGGGGAAUGCCGGCGUCUCUACCCCGAACAAGCCAACCCGCUCCAGGUUACAGCUAUUGUAAAGUAUUGGUUGGGAGGUCCCGACCCCUUGGACUACAUCAGCAUGUACAGGAACAUAGGGAACCAACCCCAGGAUAUCCAGGAGCAUUGGCACUAUGUCAGCUUCGGACUAAGUGAUCUGUAUGGGGACAAUAGAGUUCACGAAUUCACAGGUUCGGAUGGACCCAGUGGGUUUGGCUUUGAGCUGACUUUUCGCCUGAAACGGGAAGUGGGAGAAACAGCGCCACCUACCUGGCCGGCUGAACUCAUGCAGGGCCUGGCUCGCUACGUCUUCCAGUCUGAAAACACGUUUUGCAGCGGCGACCACGUGUCGUGGCACAGUCCGCUCGACAACAGCGAGUCUCGUAUCCAACACAUGCUGCUGACCGAGGACCCCCAGAUACAACCUGUCCAAACCCCCUUCGGCACAGUCAGCUUCCUCCAGAUCGUGGGUGUUUGUACCGAGGAGCUGCAGGCAGCCCAGCAGUGGAACGGCCAGGGCAUUUUAGAGUUACUGCGUGGCGUUCACAUGGCCGGUGGUCCGUGGCUGAUCACAGACAUGCGAAGAGGGGAGACCAUUUUUGACAUUGAUCCACACCUACAACAGGAGAGAGUGGACCAGGGCAUCGAGACGGAGGGCUCCAACCUGAGCGGCGUCAGCGCCAAGUGUGUGUGGGACGACCUGAGCCGGCCCCCGGAGGACGAAGAGGACACCCGGUCCAUCUGCAUCGGGGCCCAGCCGCGCAGGCUCUCGGACAAAGACACCGAGCAGAUCAGGGAGGUCUUGAGGAAGGGCCUGGAAUUCAACACCAAGGCGGCGCUGCCCCCCAUCAGCGCCCAGAGACACGGCCACGAGAGACCCCAGAGCAGGAAGGACAGUCUGGAGAGCGAGAGCUCGGCCGCCAUCGUGCCCCACGAGCUGGUGCGCACCCGGCAGCUGGAGAGCGUCCACCUCAAGUUCAACCAGGAGUCGGGCACCCUGCUGCCACUCUGCCUCAGGGGCCGGCUGCUCCACGGGAGACACUUCACCUACAAGAGCAUCAACGGGGACACGGCCAUCACCUUCGUCUCCACGGGCGUGGAGGGGGCCUUCGCCACUGAGGAGCAUCCCUAUGCAGCCCACGGCCCCUGGCUCCAGAUCCUGCUGACGGAGGAGUUUGUGGAGCAGAUGCUCGGAGACUUGCAGGAGCUCAACACUCGUGAAGAGACUAAGCUGCCGAAGGAGUACAGUUGGCCGGAGAAGAAGCUGAAGAUCUCCGUGUUGCCAGACUCUGUGUUUGAUAAUCCGCUCCAGUGAGACCAGGCCCUGCACACGCACACACCCAACACAGACCCUCACCCACCCACUCCUCUCUGUCCAUCGCUUGGGCCCUCCUCUCCUCAUGUCCCUCCAGGCCUGUAACCGCGAGCACGCCCGACCCAGGGGCCUGACGCAAAACACCCUCACAACAUGGCGUGUUCGCUGGGAUUCUAUUGGACGACCAGAGACGGCUUCUCUGAGCCAAUCCCUGGCUGGGACUGGACUUGAGGACGGCUCCGGUGGGGUGGUGGGGGGUGGGGUGGGCUUUCACAGUUCAGACGGCAGAUCUGAAGACUUUGAAGUCGCGCAGUGGCUCUCCUGACUCUCGCCUUCGGCCUCAUGACUCCUUCUGGCUGCGGGGCACGGCUGUGUCUAUCUGGCGUUAGCUGCUUAAACCCACAACCUGCCGACCCACGAGGUUUAGGCUGGGCGAUCUGGCUACAGUGAGACAGGGAUGUGUGUCUCAACCAUUCACCGGUAAGGUGGUCGGUCGACUCAGGCGGCUAGACGACAACGCUAACAGAAAUCAGCCCGCGGACCUGAAGGCACACGCAGAAAAGGAUUAAGCAGUGUAAGCAUCCUCAACAGACAACCCUGGUGCAGCCCUGAAGAGACCGUUGUUACAUUAAUGACAUUGGCCAAUCCAAGGGCAGACAAGUCAACGUUCUCUCUAUUUUAUUCAGUGUUCUUUACAAUUACGUUUGAAUUUGUAUGGGUUGAAUUUUCAAAUGCUGGACAUUUCCGUUUCGUUGUCUUUAUGGUCAUACCAAAGAGAAAGCAGCUGCCACUUAUUGUCAAUGCAUUUAAACAAUACAUUUGCUGCAAUGUUUUUUACAGACUUUAUAAUCAUGUAUUUUUCCAUCACAGAACUUAUCAACAAAUGUUACAUUUUAUUUUCUUCUCGGCUACAUCACAAGUGCACAAACUCCUAACUUGUUUUUUCUUUUGCAUUAUUGUUACAAGACAUUUCUUCCGCAAAAUGUUUGAAUGAGUCGUAUUUGUUUGUGUAUGUUUAAUUUAAUUGUAAGAUAAUUCA